GUGUGUCCACUAGAGGAGGAAUUUUGAAGGUCAACUCAAUGCACGGAAGUGUUUUCCUAUAUAAACUUGUGUUAAGACCCUUCGAGUAGAUCAGUCUGUAAAACUCCAGAUACACUAAACAAUCAACAUGUUCAAGUUUGUAGCUUUGUUGUGCCUCGCGGCUGUGGUUGUUGCCAAGCCAGGAGCCAUUUAUUCUCCCAUCAUUUCGGAUGUUGUGUCAGAAAAAGUGAUAGAAGCUCAUGGAAAUAGUGUGGUUCAUGCAGCAGCUCCAGCAUAUGGAGUCGCAGGAGUUGCAGUCUUGGGAGAAAAGACCAUUGAAGCUCAUGGAAAUUCCAUCGUACAUAGCGCGGCUCCAGUUCUACAUUCCCUUCCACUUACAUAUUCCUAUGGCCUCGCUUACAACCAACCCAUCUACUUACAUUAAAUAGAAAAAAAAGACCCGAUUUUUGUUUCCCUCCAAUAAGCCUGAUUACGUGUAAAAAAAAAAUACUACUAAAUUUUCGAUGAAAGAUUUUUCUCUUUUUUUUUUUUCUUUUUUUGAAAAUGGAACAUUGCUACAAACCCAAAAUCAAACUUGAAAUGUCGAUUGUUAAUGCGAGUCAAUGUUAGUAGUUUUCAGGAAAUAAUUUUUCAAAAAACUUGUAAUUAUCAAUGUAAAUGAAAAUUGUUAUUGAGAAUUUUGUUAAUUUCAAAUUGCUUGAAAUAAUUUUCAAUAUCAUUGUCAUUUGAUAACAGCUUUUUAAUUACUGAAUAGACUGACAAAAAUUGAGCGUCUGUAUGCGGAGAAACAGACUGUAUUGUUUCAAGACAUGUACCAAUAAAAAUUUCAUUUAAAAAAAAA